ACAGGGCAGAGCAGCCACUGAGUGUUCAAGCUUGGAGAAGGGUCGUCAGCACCGAGCAGCAGGAGGACAAACCUCACCUGGGAAAUGGGGCAGGGGAGCAACUGCCCAGACUCUGAAGCUCCGAGAGGAUCAGGGACGGGGAAAGCUCUGGGAGCCGCACUUCACUGAUCAGUGAAGACCCUGAAUCCAAAUCAAGACCAAACCUGGGAGGAAGCAGAACCUCAGACCUGUUGGAAACGUCGGGACUACGGAGGGAAGCAAGUCUGGAUAAUCAGCUCAGCACGUGGUUCUGUCCCAGAAGGUUCGGAAGAUCUGGGCAGUCAGACUCCGGGCUUUAAGAGGGCAGGGAAUCGGGAAAAUUGCCGCAGAGCCCCGAAGCCCAGCCGGGAACGGGAGAGGGAGGGGGGCGACCAGCUGUGACCACAGUGCGUGCUCCAGGUUCAUUGGCUGCUUGCGCGGGACGUGGGCCUGACUCGCUAAGUGUGAAGAGGUCUGAGAGACCCUCCCGGAAGAUACGUGGAGCGGGGCGCGGGCCGAGAGCACGACCGUGGUAUCACACCCACUUCUGGGGUAAACUGAGGUCUGGGAAGGAAGCCGCCGCUGCUAUUCCACUUGUCACUUCGGACGGUCAGGGCAGAGCGGGAAGGCGCCCGAGCUGAGAGCUCGGCUCUCCGACCGCCCCUCCCGCCUCCCUUCCAGUUCCCCACUCCGCCCCAAACGACGCCGUUCCCCUUUUAAAGAAGCACCGAGGGUCCGCGCCUCACCGCCGCAGCCCGCACGGGGCUGCGGCGACGUUGCUCUUUUAAGAAGCAGCUCCUUUUAACUCGCCCUGCACAGAGCUUUCCCCCGGGACUCGCGGCGCGCGGCAGAAGCCCGCCUCUCCGCGCGGCACUUCCGGACCCCGGCGUUGCUCAUUUAAGAGGCGGUCCACAGCAGCGCUCUCCCCGCCCCCUGUGCCCGGCGCGCGAGGAGGAGGAGCCGGGCUGGAGCCGAGCGCGCGGUCCGCGCAGCCACAGGAGACCGGGCGGCCGGCGGCCGGGCAGGCGGCGGCGGCGGCUUCGGCGGAUGGGGACGCGGAGCCGGGCGGCGGUGACGGCGGCGAGGAAGCAGCUGACGGGCCGGCGGCGGCGGCGGCGCUGGCGGCAGUGACUGGCCCAGGCCCGGCGGCGGCUGCAGCGACACGGUGGCAGGCUGCGGGCGGACGGCGUGAGGAGCGGCGGCAGAGCCGCCGGGAGCCGGGGGUGCCGGGACGCCCCCUGACCAGUCCUCGCAGGCCGCCAGGCCCCCUCCAGCCGGGGCCGUGGAGCACCGAGGCAAAGGCCGGGGCCCCCCCAUGAAGGAGCGCGACGUGGCCCCGGCCGAGCGGGGCAAGCCGGCCACCUACACUGGGGACAAGAAGGCGAAGAUGGCGGCCAAGACCAACAAGAAGUGGGUCCGGCUUGCCACCGUGUUCGCCUACGUGCUCUCCGUGUCGUUGGCCGCCAUCGUGCUCGCCGUCUACUACAGCCUCAUCUGGCAGCCGGUGGGCGCCGGGACCUCGGGGGGAGCCGCUGGCCCGUCCCUCGGCGGCUCCAACGCCACCGGCCCGUCCGGGACUUCGGGGGUGACAACGGUGGGGUCCAAUGCCACGGGGUCGUCCCUCCACGAGGCGCCACGCGAGGCGCCCCCGCUGCAGGCGGCGCGGCCCCUGGCUCCAGAGCCCUCUGCGGACAGCCCCUUGGCGGGGCCGCUGGAGCGGCCGCGGGGACCCGAGGAGGACGAGGAGGAGGCGGUGGCGGCGGCGUCCGGGAGUCGCUGAACCCCUCCGCGCCAGGGGCGACCGGGAACCAUCCUCCCCAAGACCGGAGGCAGGAUUUUGCAGCUGGACGGGGCGGGGAGCCCGCUGGAGCGACCCCCACGGGAGUGAACGCCCACUCUCCCUCCCGACGGUCGCCAGCUCGCCCCGGGGGCGAGUGGCCUGCAGCCCAAUCUAAAUCCAAGGGACCACGAUUCGCCGGAGGCUCGGGUUUGGUCUUCCCAGGACCGUGCUGCGCCAGGGCCCUGAGCCAUCAGGGGACUGGGGGGAGGGGAGGGGAAAUCCCAGCGCCGAACCCUUCUGCGCCGCUAGCUCUGGUGUAUCCUACGUGCAGGGGAGACUCGGGCUUUCCCCCAAGACUCGGGAAGGAGGGAGCUGUAGGGGCUCUUCUUUAAAAAGCCGAAGCCCUCGAAAGGAGAAGGGCACCAAAAGUAGUGGAGUUCAGUUCCCCACCGAAGAGGCUUCCUGUUGCUGCCCCAAGUAUCUGGAUAUGGGCCAGGCAAGAAGGAAGGGAGAGAGCAAUGCCUCUGCUUCAGUCCUUGGCCUUCUCCUCACAGAGUUCUUUGAGGAAGAGCAAGCUUUUGUAAGUAAAGUGACUCCCAAGUGUUUUGUUUUGUUGUUUCUGCCCCACAAGAUCUUGUCUUGUUCCAAUAAUCACCUGAGUCUUCCCUCUUUCCAGAGCCAGUAGUGACAGUGUUGCCCUGUAAUUAGAAAGAGAUCUAUCGUGAAACCAGAGCUUUUGAGCAUGUCCUCUGGGUUUUUGAGUUGCGUUGUAGAACCAGAAAGACUAAAAGGUGGGCUUCAAACUCAGGAUUGUGCUUUGAUAGCCAGUUAAUAGGUCAGCCGUGGGAAGGUUAAGUAGGCUUGUCUUACCUUUCCUGAUAAACCCUACUUGUGUGCAGCCAGUAUUUUUAUUGAGUUGGAAACAUCAAGGGAAAUGACAUACAUAUAGUUCUGGGGCAACAAGAAUUUCAUAUCCUCAGUUUGGAUUCCAUUUCCUUCUGCCACUUUUAGGCUCUCAAGUGUGGAUAGUGAGAAGAUAUCAAGCCCCUUCGUUUUUCCUUUUUGGGAAAUGAGGCACUUAAAAAAAAAAAAAAAAGACAAAAACUUAUCCACGUGAGUCCUGAAACUGUCUCUGCAGUUUUCUGGCCUGUAUUCUAGUUACUUUGAUCCAAGUUUACAGGACAACAGCCUUGUUUUAAGCCACAUCCUGUUGUAGGCAAGAUAAUGGCAGCUGAGCUGUCCUAGCCUAGGGGCAGGCUGGUAGCACCCCCAAGGUGUCUUGGCUGUAGAAGAUUUCUGAGCAGCUGACUUGACUUUGGUCAUUAGGAAGCCUUUGAGGCUUUUUAAAAUUUUGGUGGGGGCCUGGGGGAAAGAAACAUAAAAUGCCACUUUAUAACUUGGAUAAUAGCCUGUGAUUUAUAUUUAUUGUGUGAAUUUUUAGUCCUAUAUUUUAAUAAUUUGUAAAUUGAUAUCUUAUUCCAAGAAUCCUUUGAACUUGCAGGAGACCAUCUGGGAGUCCAGUCCCUGUCCCUGUCCUGAUCCCCUGCAUUCUGGACUGUUUAAUCCACAUUGGGAUGGAUCAGAGAGUCUAGAGAGACCACUCAUAGGUCCAGCUGCUGGCCUCCUGACUCCUUAAAGCCUUCACUGGAAUUGGGACAUUAGCUCCAGCUCUAGCUGAACAUGACCAGAGACAUUAUUUAUAAUUCAGCCAUUUAAGAUAUACCUGUACUCAAAAAGUCCUGUAUAUUUUUUAAAAGUUAUAUUUUUCAGGUGAACAAAAAUACAUUCUGAGAACUCUA